UCAACGCGACAGACAGAGGCGCUGAAGUUGAAGAAGCUUCUGCGCAUGCUUUUCUUUGUCAAUUUUCAAAACUUUGACAAAAUCAUGGAAAAUUCAUCCUAAUUUCACCCACUUUUUUCUCCAUUUUUACUUCUCUCAUCCCCAAAAUCCAAUCGCAUCGUUUGAUGAUAGUAUAUUAGUAUUCAAGCACUCAUCAGUCAUCUUCUCUGUCUACCUUCUCUCACUUGCAGUAAAAGCCAUCGUUAUCUCAGAAUACUGAAAAAGGUAAGAAAUCUGUAGCUCUGAUCUCUCUUUUCCAUCGUUAUCUGCGAGUUUCUGUAAACGUUUGUAAAUUUAUUUAUUUGUCGAAAAAACAGAUUUUUCUAUUUUUCAAGUAGUUUUGCUUGCUUUUUAGCUGGAUUUGCUGCAAAAAUUCUUCAUUACUCGAUGAUCCAGGAUUUGGGAUCGUGAUCAAAGGCAAUUAAUUAAAAAAGACGAUAGCUUUUACAUAGAAUUAGGUGUUGAAUAUGAGUGCCUAAAAAUAUUUUUAUAAUGAGAAAAUUAUCUUUAACAACUAUCAACUAGCUUUGUAUUAUCUGGAAAGUUUUGUGAAAAAAAUUUGACAACUUUGCUUCUUUGCAUAGAUAUUUUAUCAGUGUGUGUGUGAGAGAGAGAGAAAGAUGUUGGGUUAUAUUUAUCAUUUAAAAAUUAAUACGGUUUGCCUGCUUUAUUACUCAUGAAUCGUCACUAUCUUUGUUUUCUAGCUCACAUUUCCUUUUCCAUAAUUUAUUUAACUUUUUAUUUGACGAAAUCUGUGUGUGUAUUCGAGUUUUGCUGCUAAGCGUGUAAUAAUUUAGCAUUUGUUUGCAAAUUGCAAACCUAAUUUGACAUUAUUGAAGUGAUCAAUUGAGUUUAGGUGGGAUUUGAAGAUAAACCGCCUCAAAUUGCUCUAAUUAUCUCAUUUAAUUUCAUAGACUUUUUGACUUUUAUGCAAAAACAGAUUUGCAAACCUUUCUAUGUUAGUAUCAUAUUUAUUUAGUUGUAAAUUUGGAUCAUGUUUGCACUGCCCUUGAAAUAAUCCUCUCUCUCUCUCUCUAGGGAGAAAGAAAAUCAUGAUGAAGAAGAUUGUGAUCGUGAUCAUGAUCACAAUGGUGAUCUUGCUAUUACCAGCUGCAUUAUAUGCACAGCCAAGAUCUCAGAAAAUAAAGCAAAUAUGUGGAAGCCAACCUGAACACAACGCCACUCUCUUCGUGCCAAACUUUGUGGCCGUUAUGGAGAACAUAAGCACGCAAAUCCGGGCUUCGGGCUUCGGCGUGGCGGAAGCGGGCUCGGGGCCCGACAAGAACUACGGCCUGGCCCAGUGCUACGGCGACCUCUCCCCCGUCGACUGCGUGCUGUGCUACGCCGAGGCCCGCACGGUCCUGCCGCAGUGCUACCCGGUCAACGGGGGGAGGAUCUACCUCGACGGCUGCUUCAUGCGGGCCGAGAACUACAGCUUCUACGGGGAGCACACGGGCCCGACCGACCAAGCUGUAUGCGGGAACAGAACCCGGCCCGGUUCGGCCUUCAAUGAAUCGGUCGGACGGGCGUUGUCGCAGGCGGUUUCGGCCGCGCCGAGCAACAACGGCUAUGCACGGGCCGUGGUCCGAACGAGCAACGAGUCGGCCUACGUCCUGGCCGACUGCUGGAGGACGAUCAGCCCUAGCGCCUGCCGGGCCUGCCUGGAGAACGCGUCUGCGGCCAUAUCGGGCUGCCUGCCUUUGUCCGAGGGCCGGGCCCUCAACACGGGCUGUUUCAUGAGGUAUUCAGACACCAAUUUCCUCAAUCCUAUACCUAGAAGUGGAAGCUCAAGAGGCAGAGUUAUAGGCCUUGCAAUAGCAGCUGUCAGCGUAGCAGCUGUCGGAACAAUGGGGGCCGUCAUCGGAUUCUACAUGUGGAAGAACAGAACCAUCCAAAAGAAGAGAAAAGGCGACGUGGAGAAGUUAGUGAAGACCCUCCACGACCAAAGCCUAAACUUCAAGCAUUCAACACUAGAGAAAGCUACUGAUUCUUUCAACGAAGCAAACAAGCUCGGACAAGGUGGUUUUGGGACGGUGUAUAAGGGAGUUUUGCCAGACGGGAGAGAGAUCGCUGUCAAGAGGCUCUUCUUCAACAACAAACACAGAGCAGCAGAUUUCUACAAUGAAGUAAACAUGAUCAGUAGCGUCGAACACAAGAAUCUAGUAAGGCUGUUGGGGUGCAGCUGCUCAGGACCAGAAAGCCUCCUUGUUUAUGAGUUCCUGUCCAACAAGAGCCUUGACCGGUUCAUCUUCGAUUCAAGCAACGGUAAAGCACUGAACUGGGAAAAGAGGCUCGAGAUAAUUAUAGGAACAGCAGAGGGGUUAGUGUACCUUCAUGAGAACACGAAAACGAGAAUCAUUCACAGGGACAUCAAGGCAAGCAACAUACUCUUGGAUUCCAGAUUACGCGCUAAAAUUGCAGAUUUCGGGCUGGCUAGGUCCUUCCAAGAAGAUAAAAGUCAUAUCAGCACAGCCAUAGCAGGAACACUAGGAUAUAUGGCCCCGGAAUACCUAGCUCACGGCCAGUUGACGGAAAAAGUAGAUGUUUACAGCUAUGGAGUGCUGCUGCUCGAAAUCGUCACGGGCAGGCAGAAUAACAGAAGCAAAACCACAGAGUAUACAGACAGCUUGGUGACAAUUGCAUGGAACCAUUUCCAGAGAAGAACAGUGGAGGAGCUCUUCGACCCCAACCUAAUGCUGCAUAACUACAGCACCAUUAACAUUAAAAACGAGAUUCUAAGGGCGGUUCACGUGGGACUCUUGUGCACCCAAGAAAUCCCUUCACUACGCCCAACCAUGUCUAAGGCGCUGCUGAUGCUAGUGGGGAAGGAGCACCUGCCAGCACCAACCAAUCCCCCGUUCAUGGAUGACAAGACGAUGGAAUUCAAUGAUGUGAGCUUGGACACGUCGCCAAUCCUCAAUCAUGGCGACACGGCCUCAGUUGCUAGCCUUUCUCAGAGUCUUUUCCUUCCUAGGUGAUCUAGAAGCUGAGUAUUUCCUGGAGAAGCUAAGGAUGUAAAGAGGAAUCUUUGUAAUAUAUUGUUUUGAUGAGUUUCAGUGUUCAGAUGCAUAGAGAGAGAGAGAGAGUAUACAUAGGGGUAGACAUAUCCUUACAAAAAAAAUAGUCUGCUGCAGAAAUUUUUCAUAGAAAUACACACACUCAUUAUGUGUGAUUGGUGUAAAUUAAAUCAUCCAUGUUACAUAAACUCGCGUAUAAUACAAUGCAUCUAUUGUAAAUUUUGACA